AUGAGGGAGCCCGGCUUGCUGCCCGCCGUCGUUGCGCUGCUGGACGACCCCAGCCCCUUCAUGGUGGAGGCCGCCGGCUCGAUAUUGGCAAACCUCUCCGGGGGCAGCAACAGUGCGCUUAUCGAGGUCAAUGGCGCGGACAUGUGCGGCUCGCUGGCGCGCGCGCUGGCGCGCUGCCUCGAGCGGCUAUCGCUGGUCGGCGGGUUCGGCGGGCGGGGGGACGCUGGGUCAGAUGAUGACCAGACGUGGCAGCGGUUCCUGUGGCAGGCCUUGAGCCUCUCGAGGGUGAUCGCCCAGGACCCGCAAGGGGGCCAGGGCUUGGGAGCCGUCUGCCCGUCCCUGCCCGUCCUGCUCAGGCGCCACGUGACGCACGUCCAGGAGCCCGGCGGCCACCCGCCCGGCAAGGGCCCCCUCGCUGCCGACGCGCGCACGAAGUUCCACGGUCUCAUCGCGCACAGCGACGUCGCUGCUGCCGCUGCGGCGGCUGACCCCCUCGCAGCGCUGUUCUCUGUGUUGAAUGGGGACUGCGACGAGCGGGGCGUGCACCCCAUGUGCCGCGUGCUGGGCGAGAUGGCCCCUGGUCAGGCGCGAGACACUCUCAUCCAGCGGCAGGCAGACUGCUUCUUCGCGCUCUCCUCCAUACUCGCGCACGGCGGUGUCGUGGGUGCGGGAGUGCUCGAAAGGGCGAUGGGCGCGGCGGCCUCGGUGUGGGCCAUGGUGUUGUCGCGCAGCGGUCAGCACAACGCCGCGCUCUGGCAGCAUGGCGGCCUCGUGCUGGCAGUCUGCCGCCUGGCACGCCUGGCUGCCUUGCCUCGCGAAGCCGUCGGCGGCGACGGCCCCGCGCGCGUCGCGGAGCGCGCCGUCUGGGCGCUGGCGGAGUGCGUCCCCACGCUGCCCGCGUUGGAUGAGGGCGCGUUCGACGCGGGCGGGCGGCUUGUCGCGGCCGCGCGCGCCGGCGGCGACCCCUCCAGCCUGCUGCGGCAGCCGCUGGACCAGUGGCUGUACCCUGAGCUGCUCAGCACCGCGCUGGCAUGCCUGCAGCCGCCGGCGCCCGAGCUUGCGAACCUCGGGUGCUCGACCGACGACGUGCGCCGCCGCGCAGCAGAGGGGCGCGUGCGCCUGCAGGGCGCUGCUGCAGAGCUGCUCACCGCCUGCGCGAUACGCGGGCCCGAGUACGCGCGCGCCGUCCAGGCCGCCGUGGCGAUUGUCCCCUCGGGCGGCGACGCUGCAGUCGCGGAUGCCCUCCGGCGCCUCAGGGACGCGUCAGGCCGUUCGGCCCCUUUGCCUCUUCUCGUCCCCUGCCCCGGCGUCCCCGGCGCGUGCUGGUCUGCAGCUGCCCCAGCAGCAGGGAUGACGUGCAUCCACGACCCCGCCCACCAGAUGCUGGCCGCCUUCAUCAUCACCGCGCUGCAGGACCCGCACGGCCCGCGCCUCGACCUAAACAGCCCGCUGCCGCCGCGCGACGCGCUCGCCAUGUGCGACGAGCUGCGGGCCGCGCUGCUGCGUGUCGGCGGCUGCGGGCAUAUCAGCGCGCUGGCGCUCCUGGCGCUGGGGAUUGAGGAGGCGUGGCGCUGCAAGGCGCUGUGCAGGAUGAAGAUGCAGGCGGGGCGCGCGAACAGCAGCGGCGGCGACGGCGGCGAUGGCAGCGACGACGUGAGCGGGGGCGCAACCGCGUGCCCCAGCGCCGUCUACUCGCGCGCCCACGUGCUGCUGGAGGGGCUCAACUCAGACCUGCGCACAGCCCUGCAGGCGCGCGAAAACUUCCAGACAUUGGUCGGCGUUGUCAGCAGGCCACGGGGAGGUAGACCGGGCAGCGGCGCGAGCGCCCUUGCCGCCACGCACGCUGCCGUGCGAGUCGCAGUGGGUGGGCCCUUGGACAUCGGCCGCCGCGACUGCUUGCUGCACGUCAGCCCGUUCGGCAUGACCCCCGCCAGCGCCGCAGGAGCCGCAGAAACCGCACGGUUGCGGGGGCUGCUAGAGGCACCGCGCGUGCCGGCGGCCGCGCUGGAAGCUUCCAAGGAGCUGCUCGCCGCGUCAGCGACGCGCGCAGAGGCAGAGUCUGGGGACAGGUAUGACGCGCUCUUGUGUGACGGGGAUGCCGCGACCGCGGGCGCGGUUUGGGCGACGCUAGAGGGUCUCCGUGCCCUUCGCCUGGGGGGGCAGCAGGAGGGGCAGGUCGCGCCGCGGGGCGAGCAAAGGCAAGUGCGGCAGCAGCAGCAGCAGCAGGAGGAGGAGAAGGAGCAGGGAGAGCUGGCAGGGCGGCAGCAGCGGGAGAAACAGGGAGAUUCGGCAGGGUGGCAGCAGCAGCAGCAGCAUGAGCUGCUCGAGCCACAUGACCACAAGCAGCAUCAGCAAGCUCAGCAGCACAAAAUCCAGCAGGAGCAGCAGCAGCAGCACCAGGCGCAGGAGCAGCGGCAAACGCAGCAGUGGCAGCUGGUGGUGCAGCAGCAGCAGCAGCAGCAGCAGCAGCAGCAGCAGCAGCAGGUGGUGCAGAAGCAGCCGGCGUAUGUGCAGGAGCAGCAGCAGGCACCGAUCGCAGCAGCAGCUGGCGCGGCGGCCGUGCCAACCCCAGCGGGCCAUGCGAAUGAAGGCCGGCAGCGGCGUGGCUGUGCGGCCUGCGGCAGGACCAAGGCGGAGGGCGCGGCGCUGCGGCGCUGCGCGGGGUGCGGCAGCUCGACGGGCGUGCGGUACUGCAGCCAGCGCUGCUGCCGCGACCACUGGUGCAAGAUGGGCCACCGCGCAGAGUGCGAGGCGGCGCAGGCGGCGAAGCGGCUGAUGGCGCCGUGUGGGGGCGCCGGCCGCUGCAGCGGCGGCGACAACAGCAGGGGCGUGAUCGAUGAGUAA